AUGCGCCAAGCACCACGGGCCUGGUACGCCAAGCUGGAUGGCUCGCUGAUCGGACUUGGGUUUAGAAGGAGCGACUCCGAGCACGCCGUGUACUUCCGAGGAGAGGGUACACGCCGCCUUGUUGUGGGAGUCUAUGUUGACGAUCUGGUGAUCACUGGCGGCUGCUCAAGCAACAUCGACAAGUUCAAGUCACAGAUGAAGGGCACGUUUCAAAUGAGUGACCUGGGACUGCUCCAUUACUACCUUGGGCUGGAGGUAAAUCAGACCGAGAGGGGCAUCACUCUGGGUCAGAAGGCGUACGCAGCGAAGAUACUCGAGAAUGCUGGCUUGUUUGGUUGCAAUCCCAGCUGCAUUCCAAUGGAGCCACGCCUGAAACUGAGCAAGGCAAGCACAGCGCCCGGCGUUGAUCCCACUGCUUACCGGAGCAUGGUGGGCUCGCUGCGAUAUCUGGUGAACACGAGACCGGAUCUAGCUUUCUCGGUGGGGUAUGUUAGCCGGUUCAUGGAGAAACCUACCACCGAGCACUUGGCAGCCAUGAAGAAAGUGUUGCGGUAUGUUGCUGGAACUCUUGACUACGGCUGUGUCUACACAAGGGAGAAGGAGGCUCAACUUGUUGGGUUCAGCGACUCUGAUCAUGCUGGAGACGUUGACACUCGCAAGAGUACCACAGGUGUCCUUUUCUUCCAUGGCAAGAACAUCAUCACCUGGCAGAGUCAGAAGCAGAAGGUUGUUGCACUCAGUUCAUGCGAAGCCGAGUAUAUUGCGUGCACAACAGCUGCCUGCCAGGGAGUUUGGCUGACUCGCCUUCUGUCAGAACUAAAGGGCAAGUCUGAAGGGGCGGUCAGGAUCUACAUCGACAGCCAAUCAGCUAUCCAGCUAAGUAAAAAUCCUGUCUUUCAUGAUCGCAGCAAACAUAUAGAUACAAGAUAUCACUACAUUCGGGAGUGCAUCGAGGAGGACAGGGUGAAUGUUGCUUCAGUUGGCACUACCGAGCAGCUGGCAGAUAUACUGACGAAGCCAUUGCCGCGAGAGCGUUUCUGUGAACUUCGUGACAAGCUCGGCCUCGUCAAGAUCAAGUAG